AUGUCUCUCAGCACAAGAAUCUUUAGGCGCUUGGCCGCUACGUUGAGCCCGCAGUCAGAGCAUGUCAACUCCGUUCCGCAUAUCCCUUUUGCUGUUCCUCUGCCAACAACGGCGAGACCAGAUCUUCGUCAAAAGAAGAUUAGACGUACUCUCCCUUCUGUUCUUAUGAGAUCGGGAACGUCCAAGGGACUCUUUCUUCACCGAAAUCAUCUUCCUGCAUCUCAAUCAGAAUGGGGUCCUAUCAUUCUAUCUGCUAUGGGGUCAAGACAUGGAGAUAAACGCCAACUUGACGGAGUUGGUGGAGCAACCUCUACUACGUCCAAGGUGGCCAUAGUCUCAAAGUCCACUAGGCCAGGGAUUGACGUGGAUUACACGUUUUGCCAAGUUGCAGUUGGAGAGGGAAAGCUCGACAUGAGCGGUAACUGUGGGAACAUUGCCGCCGGAGUAGCGCCCUUUGCCCUGGAUGAAGGAUUGGUCAAGGCCCGACCGGGCCAGAAAGAGUUGGACGUCAGAGUGUUUAACACUAAUACGCGCCAGCUCAUGGUAGAAACCGUGGAGGUUGGCCCAGAUGGAAAGUUUCAUGAAGAGGGCGACUACCGGAUUAGUGGCUUCAAGGGUAGUGGAAGUCGCAUCAAGAUCGCCUUCAUCGAACCUGCGGGCAGUGCUACUGGGAAACUAUUCCCAACUGGCCAGCGAAAGGAUCGCCUGCGAAUUGCUUCAACCGAUGCAUUCCCCGAAUUUGAGGUGGAGGCGACUCUGAUUGACUCUGCCAACCCCUUUGUCCUUGUUGAUUUGGCUACUCUGCCCGACCACUAUCACGCCCUUGGCCCUGAUGCUCCAAGCUCGCUCAGCAUUGUCGAAGCGAUUCGGAGAGAAGGCGCUGUCAGGAUGGGUCUGGCCAAAACCGUCGAAGAAGCAGGCAAAGUUCGAGGGAUCCCGAAGAUUGCUCUGCUGUCCCCGGCUCCACUCCCAGAGGCCAACCCUCUCAAGACACCGCCCACUGGAAUCUCGGUUACGGCUUACAGUAUGGGGAAGCCGCACCCUAGCUUCCAACUCACCGGAGCUGUGACUCUGGCCGCAGCGACAUGUAUUCGAGGAACGGUCGCUUCCGACUUGUCUCUUUCCCCAUAUGCUCUUCCUUGGCAGACACGUCAGACGGUUCUCCAAGAAGACCUCCGCUUGGCGGGCAGCAAGAAAGAGGUCUGCAUCCAUCACCGAAGCGGGGAAAUCUUGGCGGAAGUCAACAUUGAGGAUGAUGGAAGCCAAGCGAUGGUCAAGGAUGCUACAGUAUUUCGAACAGCGCAGCGAUUGUUCGAAGGGGGAGUGAUUGUCCGACCAUGA